AUGGAGCUCGCCACAAAUCAAACGGUGCUGACGUGCAGCAUGAUAGCGUCCCCGCAAUACCGGUGUCCUAUUAGAAACCAAUCUGGCACCGUUCAUUCUCGUCCACAUUCAAUGCACCCCGUCGCUUUUCCCUCUCAACCCCGAAACGCCUUACGUCUAGUUGACCUGGUCUUCAGCGGCGGAGAGACAGUUUCUUUACAGGACAUACCCGUUUACGAGCUAAUUCGUUACCAGCAGCUCCUUGCUUCAUUGGCUCAGAUUCACCACUGCGCGUACAUGUCUCGGCUUCGGGAAGCAGGGAACAUCAACCUAAGGCGGUACCAGGAGCAGCAGAGGCGUCAGCGUUAUCCGUCGCGGAGGAAGGCAGAGAUGUACCUGGUGCGCACGGACGGCAUCAGCUGCACUCGCGAGAAGGUCACUGCCUCUACGCUCGCCUUCUCCCAUCCCAGCACGCAGCAGCAGAUGCUCAUGUGGCGCACGCGCCCGCGGACUGUUCUCCUGUUGAAGAAGCUUGGGACAGAACUUAUGAGUGAAGCCAUGGAGGUGGCGCGGUUCCUGCAGCGCGAGGAGGGCAUGAACGUGAUGGUGGAGCCGGAGCUGCAUGACACGCUCGCCCGCAUGCCCGGCUUCGGCUUCCUGCAGACCUUCUACGCCCAGGACACCAGCAAGCUGCACGAGAAGGUGGACUUCGUGGUGUGUCUGGGGGGCGACGGGGUCAUCCUGCAUGCGUCCAACAUCUUCAGCUCCUCCGUGCCGCCCAUCGUCUCCUUCAACCUCGGCUCCCUUGGCUUCCUCACUGCACACCCGUACGAGCAGUUCAAGCAGGACCUGAGGGCGGUGAUUCACGGGCAGGAGCAGACGGCAGGCGUGUACAUAACGCUGCGCAUGCGCCUCAAGUGCGAGCUCGUGAAGGGCGGCCAGCCAGUCCCAGGGAAGGUGUUUGAUGUGCUCAACGAGGUGGUGGUGGACCGCGGCUCCAACCCCUAUCUGUGCAAGAUUGAGUGCUACGAGCGCAGCAAGCUCAUCACCAAGGUGCAAGCGGAUGGGGUGAUAGUGGCAACACCCACGGGCAGCACCGCAUACUCCACUGCUGCUGGCGGCUCCAUGGUGCAUCCCAACGUGCCGUGCAUGCUCUUCACGCCCAUCUGCCCGCACUCCCUCUCAUUCCGCCCCAUCAUACUGCCCGACUCCGCCAUCCUUGAACUUCGAGUCCCUGCUGACGCACGCAGCAACUGCUGGGUGUCAUUUGACGGGAAGAAGCGCCAGCAGCUGUCACGGGGAGACUCGGUGCGCAUUUCCAUGAGCGCGCACCCUGUUCCAACCGUCAACAAGCGCGACCAAACAGACGACUGGUUUGCCAGCCUUGUCCGGUGCCUCAACUGGAACGAGCGCAUGGAGCAGAAGGGAUUCAAUAGUGUCUUUUAG